AUGACUUCCGAUGACUCUACAGAAGCAUCUGUAAAUUCUACAGUAGCGUCUGUAAACUCUACAGUAGCGUCUGUAAAAUCUACAGUAAGAAAGCAUAAGAAUCCAAUUGAGGAUAAACAGGAUUCACUGAUGGAGCUUAUUCGAAGUGCCGAGUUUACCUCAGCGUUCUACCCUGAAGGCAUCCGACCAAAUGAUUUCGGUUUUGUUCACUUUAUGGUCAAGAAAAGCCUUGUCAAAGUGUUCGAAGUGAAGUCCGUCAAGCUGAACAAUACUGUAAUGUAAGUUUUUGAACAUAUUUUACUUAUGUUUGGUUUAGCACAAAUUUAUGGAUUUAGAUACGCAGCCCAGGCUUAAGUACACACUUUAAUCCUAGGCACACAAUUUUAGGCUUAGGUACACAAUUUUAGGCUUAGGCACACAAUUUUAGGCUUAGAUACAGAUUUUAGACUUAAAUACACAUUUUAGGCUUAGGAACACAAUUUAGGCUUAGGUAUACAAUUUUAGGCUUAGAUACACAUUUUAGGCUUAGUUGCGCAAUUUUAGGCUUAAGAACACAUUUUAGGCUUAGACACACAAUUUUAGGCUUAGGAACACAAUUUAGGCUUAGGUAUACAAUUUUAGGCUUAGGUACACAAUGUCAGGCUUAGGUACACAUUUCAGGCUUAAGUAAACAUUUUGGGCUUAGGUAGAUAGUUUUAGGCUUAGCGUGCAAUCUUAGGCUUACGUAAUUUUAGGCUUACAACAUAAAUGUUGAGAACGCUGGAGUUAAGUAUGGUUGAAUAGGGCUACUUAAAACUAGGCUAAAACAGGGUAUUGUAACUUUUUUAAAUGUUUUCAUUUUAGCUAUAACAGGCACAAACUUAAUAAGCACUUUAAAAACACUAGUCGAGUUUUAUGGUCAAGUGAAAUGGAAGAGGAUCUAUACGUGAUUGGAGACAUGGAGGAUGGGUAAGAAAAAUUUUGUAAAGAAAGUUCUUGCCAUUUUUGUUUUGUAAAGAAAGUUCUUGCUAUUUUUUGUUUUGUAAAGAAAGUUCUUGCCAUUUUGUGUUUUGUAAAGAAAGUUCUUGCCAUUUUUUGUUUUGUAAAGAAAGUUCUUGCUAUCUUUUGGCUUGUAAAGAAAAUUUUUGCCAUUUUUCGAUUUGUAAAGAAAGUUCUUGCCAUUUUUUGUUUUGUAAAGAAAGUUUCUUCUAUUUUUUAUAUUUCACCCAUAAAUUUGAAUUUUCAGAUCAACCGUAGUAGUUGCUAAUGGUAAAGUAUCUCCACACCCUUUGGCCAACGUCUUAAAAAGGCACUUUGUUUUGUUAAAAGGAAAUUUGCAUAUUAUCGACCAAUAUGGAACGGCAUUGCCCUAUGACAAUCUGGAUGCGGGCUUCAUUUCGAAUAACAUUACCAACUGGAAUUUCAACUUUACCAGUCGACCAGACAAAGAGACGGUCUAUGCGGUAAACGACGAUUGUUACUAUGCCAAUAGAGCAGCUGCUAAGUGGGUAUAUUACAAGUGUCCAACGAUGAAAUUGGUGUUCAUGCCGAACAAGGAUGGCAGUGCUACCGAUUACUACAGUUUGGUGGGUUAUUUUAAUUAUUUUAGGCUUAUAAAAUACUUAUUUUGAACUGAAUACAUGAUAUUGAGGCUUAAAAAUGUUUUUAGGUUUUGAAUUUUAGUCUAAGAACCAAGAAUAUAUCUUGAAACGUAAAUUUUAAGCUUAAACUCUGUUUUUUAGGCUUAAAAACGCCAUUAGGCUUUAGGUAUGACAUUUAGGCUUAAAUUUGGUUGCUUUUUUUAAAGUUGAGUUUUUAGGCUUCGAACAUAUUGUUAGGCUUAAAGGAUGAUUUUUAGGCUCAAAAAUGUUUUUAAGCUUAAGAUCUAACUUUUAGGCUUAAAUUUUUAAGCUUUGUUUUAAAUUUAAUUUUUUUGGCUUUCACCACAUUUUUAGGCUUAAAAACUUUCUUUCAGGAGCAUUUAGUGAGUGUGAGCAAAGACAAUCACAGCUUUGAUCAACGUAUGUUACAAAACACUUACAUCAAGGUAAUUAGCAGUAGGCAGGUGGAGGAAACUGAGAUAUCGUAAGUAGAAUUUUUUUCAAUUUUUUAAAUUGAAAAAAAAUAAAUUAAAAUUUUUUUUUAUAUUAUAAGCAAUAAAAUUCCAGAGACCAUCCCAUCAUUAACAUUGUUUAUGUAUUCAUGGCGACGCUUCUUCUGUGCAUCGCCAUUGCCUGCUACUUUGCUUACCGCUGUAUUGCGCCUCGAAUCAGAAAAUUAGUUCAAGAGCGGACUUUGGUAAGCCUAAAAUUUUUUAAAAAGUUUUGAAAUGAUUUUAUUUUUUUUUAUUUUUUUAAUUAAAAAUUUAAUUUUUAAAAAUUUUUAAACCAAAAAUUUAACUUUUAAAAAUUUUGAAUCAAAAACCUUGAAUUUUUAAAAAAAUCUCGAUUUUCAGUACGCAAUCUCACAUCAAGAAGCUAUAGUCAACUUUUUGGCCGAGUUGACAAGUCAUGGUAAGUCUUAUAAGGGAAAAGCAAAUAGAAAGAGGGUAGGGGUAUUGGACCAAGAACUGAGACCUAUAUCAUGUGAAAGAGCGUGAAAAGUUGUUAUAAAUGUGUUUAAUUUUUUACUAUGAUAGAAAAAGGCAUGUGAUAAAGUGUCAAAAAUUUGUGACGAAGUGUCAAAAACUAAAAAAACAGGAGAAAUUUGGCUCGGCCGCGGUCGGUUGUUCAUGCCUGUGUUUGGCGGAACAUUUCCUUUUUUCAUUGAAUUGGGGUUAAUUUCGAAGUCCGUCUAAACUUUUUUUUUUAGAUUUUUAUGGCCUAGCCUAGCUAUUUUUAAGGUUAGGCUUGGCAGUUUUCUCAUCUUUCUGCAAAACAGGAAAGAUAUUUAUUUCUCGAUGUUGUUUUAGAUAUUUAGCGUUUAACUUGUGUUUUAUCGUUUUAUAAUGAAGUAAACUGGUAAAGCUUGAUCUAAAACUAUAUUUUAGUUUAUUUUUAAAAGAUUUUGAUGUUUUUCGUGUAGAAAUUGGCAACAAAACGUAUAUUUUUUGUUUUAUAUUGUUUUAGACCGUUUUGAUGUUUUGAAUCUGAUUUUUAGCCUUAUUUUCGUAAAACUGAUAUAAGAAGUUUAUUUAAAAGCAAAAACAAAGUGUGUUAUUGCUAUUUAAUCAAAAAAAUGUUUUUGAUAGUUUGUUUUUUUAAAGUUUCAACAAUUUUUCUUAUAUUAACCAUGCUGUUUUUAUGUUCUUGAUAUAUAUUGUUGGUGUUUUAGCUACUUUACUAUCUAUUUUUUAUAUUUUAGACAUUUUUAUAGUUCCUUAGUAUUGUCUUGAUGUUCUAAUUAUGUUUUUGCUCUUUUCAGCUUCUGCAGCGUCCUUCCUCCGAGCAAUCUCAUAUAAUGGAGUGGAUCUUGCUCCUACUGAACGCAAUUUCCCUCCACUUAUGUACAAUGAGAAGGGGAUUCCAUUGGCGAAUUGGCCUGGAAUUACACAUCACAAGAAUCAUGGAGGAACAACGUUUCAGUAUCCUGGACUUGAGGUUCCCAUUUACUUUGCUGAUGUGAGUUUUUUUAAUUUUGAAUUUUUGAAAUUUUAGGUUUGAAUUUGAAGUUUUUGUGUUGGUACUCAAGCUUUUUGGUACUAUAUAAUGUUUUUGUGGUGUUUUAUAAUUGAUCAAGCUGUCUUGUCGUUUUUUAUUAUUAUUUUAGAUGUAAACUAACGACUAGACUUUUUGCUACUUUUAUAUGAAUAAUUUAGAACAGCAUAGUGCCUAAAAUUCAGUAUAGUACGUUUAGUACUACAUAUUAGCUAAAAAAAUUCGUUAUAGUGCGUGUGUGAGGGAGCAAUCAAUAUGCGAACUUAUGUUACGUUAAUCCGAUUCAAUGGCGUAUCUUUGGUUCAUUGUCUAUGUAACAAGCCGAGAUGUAUGAGCUACGAGGAGAUUGAUGCACAAUAUUCGGUACAGGUCAAUCCGGUAAGGUUGUUUUAAUCUCUUUGCAUUGGAAAUGAGAGUUUUCUAAUUUUUUUUUAAAUUUCAGAUUUUUUAAUUUUAAAAAUUUUACUUUUAAGUUGAUCUAGUGGAUAAUAUAAGGUAAAGCUAUAUUUUUUGUCUUUCUUCAAUUAAAAAUGACUUUUUUUAAAGUUAGCAAAAGAAAUGAGAAUUUCCGAUAAUUUUAGGUAACAAUUGGCAGUCGUGGCUCUUGCUGGUACAGUUGUGAAAUUGAAGAGAGCGGUCGAGUCGUAGACACGUUCUUUAGUGCUGGUCGUCUGCGUGAAUUGAAUGAUUUUAUGUUCCUUCAGUCGGACAAUGAAGCUAUCACUUUUGGCUUGAGGAAGGAGCCGGUAAGUCAAUUUUAAAAUUUGAUUUUGAAUUUGAAAUGAUAAUUUUAAAAUUUUUGAAAAAAUGAAAACUUUUGACUUGGCAUUGGGAUGAUGUGAUGUUCUUUUAGAUCGUCACAAUGUUCCACAUCGGCAAUCUCACCGAAGCAUUGGUUUUGGCCGCUAUCAACGUUGGAUGCCAGUUGUUGUUAUCAACCAGCAAUGAGCUUCCUAAUGUAAGUCUUUUUAAGGGUACUGUAACUUGUAAAUUAGUGUGAUUUUAAACAUGUGGGGGUAUAAAAUUUGAAUUUAAGGUUUGUAGGACUGGCUUGGAUGUUGUAGAGUAGGGUACAGGGCUGGGCGGGGACUUUUGGUCUGGGUGCGGGGGUCGAAAAAAUCCACAGGGGGGGGACCAAGUUCUACUUUUUUCGAAGUUUUUUUUUGGGGGGGGAUUUCCUUACUCCUUCCCGUCCACCCCUCUUCCUCCAACGCUCGGCCCUGGUGGGGUAUGUGAAUGUAAGGUAAGAUAAGGUUAUAGAUGUUGGUACGGUAGAAUAAGUUAGGGUAUAGUAGGUCGGGCUAGUGUAGAGUAGGCUACGAUAAUAUACGGUAAAAUUUGUAACGAAAAAUGAAUUUCAACUAAUUUUAAAACUACAAAAUCACCUUCAGAUCCAAAAGAUUGUCGGCCUCCUCCACGAACACCUUGGUGGCCCACCUUUAAGAAUUAAACACAUGAAGUUCAUUACCCUUCACGUCGCAUUCUUUGCCGUUUCAAGAAUCGAAGAUACAGAGCAACGUGCUCAAUGGAAAUCAAAGCUCGAGUACAUUGUGGAGCUAAUAGAAAGAAAGAAAUAA